GCGUUGCUACAGCAGGAGCUGGGCGGUGGCGGGCGCUGCUGGAGCGUCCACCCGAUCCGUAGGCGCUGGCGCAAUGAACGGACUGGAAGGGAAUGAAAGUGUUGUCCAAGUAGGAGAAUUACUGCCUUGCAAGAUGUGUGGAAGGACAUUCUUUCCGGUAUUAUUAAAAAAACAUGGACCUAUUUGCCAGAAAACUGCAACCAAAAAAUGGAAGACUUUUGAUUCAAGCAGACAGAGAGCUGAAGGAACGGAUAUUCCAACAGUAAAACCUCUUAAACCAAGGUCAGAACCACCAAAGAAACCAUCUAAUUGGAGAAGAAAGGAUGAAGAAUUUAUUGCCACCAUUCGAGCAGCUAAAGGCCUUGAUCAGGCACUAAAAGAGGGUGGCAAGCUUCCUCCCCCUCCUCCACCUUCCUAUGAUCCUGAUUAUAUUCAGUGCCCAUAUUGCCAGAGGAGAUUCAAUGAAAAUACAGUGGAUAGACAUAUAAAUUUCUGCAAAGAACAGGCAGCGCGUAUUAGUAAUAAAGGAAAAUUUUCUACAGAUACCAAAGAAAAACCAGCUUCUCGGACGCUUAAAAAGUCCAAUUCUCCUGGAACCACUUCAUCAGGAUCUUCACGAUUACCACAACCGAAUGGAGCUAGCAAGCCUGUUGUAGGUUUGCCUUCAGGUGAAGUGUCUUCAGUUAACAGCUGUUUGGGAACUAAACUUCAGACCUUAUCUCCCUCUCAUAAAGGGAUGGCAGCCUCUCAGACAGGAACUAACAUCAAACCUCGAAAUUCCACACCACCUAGUUUGGCAAGAAACCCUGCCUCAGCUGCGCUUACAAACAAAAGAAAAACAUACGGAGCUGACAGCCACAUAGCAAGGCCAGAUGGGGACUACACAUCUUCGUUUAAUGGUGGAAGCAUUAAAAGCAUUAAAGGAAAUUCAUCUGGACACUUACCAAAAUUCUGCCAUGAGUGUGGGACUAAAUACCCUGUAGAAUGGGCGAAGUUCUGUUGUGAAUGUGGCGUUUGGAGAAUGCUUCUGUGAAUAGCAACCCAGAUGAAAACAAACCAGGUUCAAAUUCUAUGAUUAUUGCUGCUUGGACAGCUAGAGCACUUCCUCUGAUUAUUUUGUGCUAAAAAUAUUCAAAAUAUCUUUACUGGUAAUGUUUGGCAUAUAAUCUUAUGGCUGUAUUAUGAGUGUUUGUAUAUAUGUGUACAUAAGCUGUAUAGAAUAAAUACUUGAUGAUAUUCCUUAAACUGUACCAUGCAAGGAAAUACUUGUCUUUCAGAAAAUAAUUUCUAAUGGAAUCAUUAGCUUAGGUAUUACAUUUCUCCUGUUGCGCAGGCACAUUCAAUGUAUGUCUCCACAAAUUCUCAGACUUUAUGCUUCACACUUGGGAUAAUCAAAACUU